CCACAUAAGAGCGCAGGCAUGACUAAGGAUUAGCAAUGCAUCUGACAUAACUUCCUGUUUGGAGUCGAGACAAUGAACGUAUACUUGCCUCAGAGGAGGAGACUAAGGUGCAGCCGCAUCCUCUUCUUUAUCUCAGGUGUCCUGUUGUGUUUCGUCUACACCUUGACUUUGAAGGCCAGGCUGUCACAGCCACUAGCCUCUGCCCAGACGGAUGAUGGAGCGGAGGUGGGUAGCGAUGAACACGUCGAGGUCAGCAUUCGGGAGUUGAUAGCGUCCAAUGAGACUGAGGAAACUAAAGCUACCCUGGUGAAAGUCGUCAACAGGACGGAUAUUGAACAGUGUAUCUAUGUAGAUCCCCAGCCUCCCAAACCACCUCCAACUCCACCGCCACUGACCACCGCAACUCCACCCUACCCCCCACUCCAGCCACCUCACAGGAAGGGUGACUACCCGGAGGACUUGUUCUCGAUAGAGCAGCGUCGACAGGGCUGGGUGGCCCUGCACAUUGUAGGGAUGGUUUACAUGUUUGUCGCCCUGGCCAUCGUCUGUGAUGAGUUCUUCGUCCCUGCACUGGAAGUCAUCACCAACAAGCUGGAGAUCUCCGAUGAUGUGGCUGGGGCCACCUUCAUGGCGGCGGGAGGCUCUGCCCCUGAGCUCUUCACCUCCCUGAUUGGGGUCUUCAUCUCCCACAGUAACGUGGGCAUCGGCACCAUUGUGGGCUCAGCUGUCUUCAACAUUCUCUUUGUGAUCGGCAUGUGUGCCAUCUUCUCUCGGGAGAUGCUGCACCUGACCUGGUGGCCUCUGUUCAGGGACGUGAAUUUCUACAUCCUGGACCUCAUCAUGCUUAUCAUCUUCUUCUUGGAUAACAUGAUCCUGUGGUGGGAGAGCAUGCUGUUGGUGCUGGGCUACAUCAGCUACGUGAGCUUCAUGAAAUUCAACAGUCAGAUCGAGCAGGCGGUCAAGACCCAGCUUAACAAACACAUGAGCAUCGUUAAGGUGUGGACCACAGAGGAGCCAGAGAAGGAAAGUGAAGCACCACCGCCUCCACCACCUGCUGCUGCUGCUCCAGCUGCUCCGCCAAAAGUUGAAGAAAAAUCCAAACCAGAACCUGUACAACCUCCAAGCAGCCCUCAAAGCAGCAAACUGCUGCCAGACUCACAAGAUGACAAGACAAGACUCAAGGUGCGCCCUGCCCUGCAGCGAGGAGGCAGCUCAGCCUCCCUACACAACACCUCGCUUCGGAGCACCAUCUUCCAGCUGAUGAUCCACACAUUGGACCCUCUGGGAGAAGAUCCAGAUCAAAAGCCAAAGUCUGAGCAACCAGCUGCUGCUGCUGCACCAGAGGGAGCAGCUACUGCUGAGCCAUCCACCUCACAGCCUCCAAAGGCAGAAGAGACAACUCAGGAAACAUCUGACCGGCCGGACGAAUCGAAGGCAGCAGCAGCAUCAGCGGGUGGAUCAGGGGGCUCUGAGGGCAGUGCUGAGGAUGAGAGUGGUGAUGAAGAAAGCAGCGAUUCGAGCGAGAGUGAAGAUGAUGGCGACAAUGAAGACAAGGAGGAAGAAGAAAAGGAGGAAGAAGAGGAGGAGGAGAACCAACCAUUGUCUUUAGAGUGGCCUGAAAACAGGCGCAAGCAGGCGACUUAUCUGUUCCUGCUGCCCAUCGUGUUCCCGCUGUGGCUCACCCUGCCUGAUGUCCGCAACCUGGCAUCCAGGAGAUACUUUGCCAUCACCUUCAUAGGCUCCAUCAUCUGGAUUGGUGCUUUCUCCUACCUGAUGGUGUGGUGGGCUCAUCAGGUGGGUGAGACUGUGGGCAUCUCAGAGGAGAUCAUGGGACUGACCAUCUUAGCAGCUGGGACAUCAAUCCCUGACCUGAUCACCAGUGUGAUUGUGGCCCGGAAGGGUUUGGGUGACAUGGCAGUGUCCAGCUCAGUGGGGAGUAACAUCUUUGACAUCACUGUAGGUCUGCCGAUUCCAUGGUUGAUGUACACCCUGCUCCACAAUGGUGAGCCAGUUAUGGUCAGCUCCAAUGGCCUGUUCUGCGCCAUUGUGCUGCUCUUCUUGAUGCUCCUCUUUGUCAUUAUCUCCAUCGCCGCCUGUCGGUGGAAGAUGAGCCGAAAGUUGGGCCUCACCAUGUUCGUACUGUACUUUGUGUUCCUUGUCCUGAGUGUUCUGCUGGAGGAUCGUGUCCUCAUCUGCCCUGUUUCCAUCUGAGGGAAACAGCACCGUCACACAAGACUUGGUACAUCCACACACGAAUUAUACUGUAAUAUAGGAUCUGUUAGAGAAAAGAACUGAGCCUAAUGUUAAAAGGCUGAUCAGGCACACACUAGAUGCUAAUUAAAGGAAAAUUCUACGCUUAACAUGGUUUUACAUAUUUAAUCUGACAUUUAAUGACAUUUAAUCAACAUUUUCCAGCAGCUCCAGUCUCAUAGUAAAGUAUUAUCCUCCACCUUUUUAACUGAGUGUCUGAGCUGUGUGAAAUAUAUUCACCAUAUAGUGCAAAGAGAUGUACA